UCAAGAGGCUAAAUCCGCUGUCAACACCGGUGCUAACAACAGUGCACGGACAGAAAGUAAAAAGUACAUGGUGUUCUUUUUAUUCCAGAGCUCGUAGCCAUGACUGAAAACUGUGUAAAGCCGUUGAGUUUUGACUGUUUGGAGCGUUUAAGGAGUAGCAUGAGACGGUAGCCUGAACAGUUGGAACAGUUUGAUUUCACGGUAACCAGAGGAGAACCACCCACUGAUGUCGGACUAUAAGACUCCACCGCAGCCUCCACCGGCGCUGGGACCCUCUGUGACUGCCUCCGGGAGCAGAGCCAGGUCCGUUUCUCCAAAACCAGAUACAAUGGGAGCUGUAGCAUCUCCUGUAUUUCACUGGGUUCAAGAUGUUGCCGCUGUCACUCUCCACAAGGCUCGGCGGACGUUAUUCCAAGCUGCGAUCUUGUUCUGCGUCCUGGUGCUUCUGCUGUGGGUGUCCAUUUUUCUGUACGGAAGCUUCUAUUACUCCUACAUGCCCACUGUCAGUUUUUCCACCCCUGUGCACUUUUACUACACCGCAGAUUGUGACAGCUCUGAGUCUGCGUUGUGCUCCUUCCCCACAGCCAACAUCUCCUUUAUGAAGAACGACAGAGACCAGAUGAUGGUUAACGGGCAGCCCUACCGCAUAUCUGUGGAUCUGGAGAUGCCAGAGUCUCCUGUGAACGAGCAUCUGGGCAUGUUCAUGAUCAAAAUGACUUGCUACACAAAAGGUGGAAAGAUUGUGUCAUCUGUGGGUCGAUCUACUAUGCUCCACUAUCGAUCCAGCCUUCUGAAGAUCAUGAGUACCCUGCUGUUUUCUCCUCUUCUUUUAAGUGGGAUGGCUGAGCAAAAGCAGCUUAUAGAGGUUGAACUUGUCUCGGACUACAAAACAAACUCCUAUGAACCUAUUGUUGGAGCAGUCAUUGAGAUCCAGUCCAGAAGAGUGCAGAUAUAUUCAUCUCAGUUACGUAUACAUGCUUACUUCACGGGUAUUCGGUAUGUUUUGUACAAUUUCCCUUUGACCUCAGCUGUGAUUGGCGUGGCCACCAACUUUGCAUUCCUCAGUGUCAUCGUGUUGUUCAGCUACCUACAGUUUAUAUGGGGUGGCAUUUGGCCCCCAGAACAGGUGCGGGUGAGAGUGAUGAUGGGCGACAACAGCCGAAUGCAACAGAGGAAGCAGGAAGUCAAGAAACGCAUGGAGAGGGAGAGCUCAAUGAAAGAGCUCAAUUCUCCUAAAGUGGUUGGCCCUAUGCACGGAUCAUCUAGCUCAAAUCUAAAUGACACGGAGGAAGAGAAGACCCUCUCAUUGAGUGAAGAUGCUCCCAGCUUUGUGGCACCAGAGACUGCGGGCGAAGCGACUCGUGAUGUGAACGUUACAGAGGAGCAAGACGGUGUAUUUGAAGGAUGCCCACUACCUCAGGAGAGCGAGACCGCGCUGCGCCAGAGAGCUGGGCCCUGGAUGAGUCUGUGAACUGGACAGUCUUUCAAAGCCAAAGAGAUAUAAGCAAAUUAUAAACAAAAGUAUUUAAUGUAGAAAAUAUGUCCUUAUUCUUUAAAGCAUUUUAGCUUUGGACGGUUACAUAGGGCCACCUUAGUUGUGCUCAGUUUGGGCUGACAGCAAAGGGAAUGUACGAGGAUAUGAGACAGUUUAAUUUACCAAAACGUUUACUUGACAUAAUAAUGUUUCACCACCAGUCAAAUAAGAUGAAACUAAAAGUUGGUGUACACAUUUAUCAUUUAUUAUCAUAUUAACCAAUCAAAAAAAAAACAUAUGCAUUAGUUAAUAUUUGGAUGCAUAGGCCACCUCGCAUGAAUCAUAUGUUUAUCAGUUGUGCUCAGGUUGGGCUGACAUCAGAAGGAAUGCACAAGGAUAUGAGACAUGUUUUUAAUAAGCUUUAAGUUACCAAAAUGUUUACUCGUGUUACUAACAUAGCAAAUUUGUUACAUUUGUCACAGCUCCUUCCUGUUUUACUGUUUUAUUCUUGUUUGUUUUAAUACCACAGACUUUAGAUAAGUGUCACGACACGACAUGCCACAUUCCUACUGAAAUGGACUCAAUGUUCUUGCCCGUAGAAUUCCAUAGAAAGUGUCCUAGUCAUUUAUUUUGGUUAUUCUCUGGCAUCAUGUAAAUGUUUGAAUAUUGUGAAUAAUCAAAUAUUGACAUUCCUAGCUCACAGACAGAGACAGUUCUGGUUCAAGUUUAAUCGGCAAAGUCCGAACGGGCAUCAUGCUAAUAAAGUGGUUAUUGUUACGUUGGUUUAGUGGUAUAGCUGCAACAGUGAGACGGGUAUUGAAAGCAGAUUUCACGCAAAGAUGUCUUGUGAUGCAGUCUCACAGAGGGACUCAGAGCUCAAUUUGAUUUGGCAGAAAUUCCCCCAAUAAUCUCAACAGUGUUUUUAUUAAAUUACCAGGAAAAAAAAGAAACGCCACAGGGGUGUGAAGUACAGGAUGUUUAGCUAGUGUUGGGUCCACUGUAUGGAACUGGUCUAACUGCCUGGGCAUAAGAAAUACAUGGCAGAUUGAAGGAAUAAUUAGCCAAAGAAGUUAUGUAUUCAACCUGCUACAGCUCACAUCCAACCUUAUUACAUAAAAUCUCUGCAGAUUUGAAAAGAAAUUGUCGAUAUAGUCAUGAUCGUGACAGGCCUACUCUUUUCAUUCCAAUGAGGCACUCCCUGUUUUACUGUAUGUACUUUAUUUAUGAAAAGUAUUUAAGAAGUGUUCAGUGUGACUUUAUUAUUACUUUGAUACAGGUGAUUGGAACGUGGAUGUGAAAUGAGCUGAUUUCAGAGAGUUUAUAAGAUUGGUCUAGCAAAAAACGCUAUUUAUGUUCUGUCACAUGGUAAUACCACUAAAAAUAAUCUAAAUAAAA